AUAUGCAAUCAACAUGACCCCAUUGUCAUAGAAUUUGGAAGACAGGCAAUAAUUUUUGUUCAUAAAACCAUAAUUAGAAGCAAAUUAGUAGUAGUAAUGGCAGGGCAUUUAGGGUGGGGUGUCCUUAAUGAAGAAGGUUGGAGGAAAGGUCCUUGGACUGGUGAAGAAGACAGAUUGCUUAUUGAAUACGUUAGGUUACAUGGUGAAGGCAGAUGGAAUUCUGUUGCUAGGCUUGCAGGACUGAAAAGAAACGGAAAAAGUUGCAGAUUGAGAUGGGUGAAUUACUUAAGGCCAGAUUUGAAGAGGGGACAAAUAACUCCUCAUGAAGAAACCAUAAUUCUUGAGUUGCAUGCUAGGUGGGGUAAUAGGUGGUCCACAAUUGCAAGAAGCUUACCAGGAAGAACAGACAAUGAAAUCAAAAACUAUUGGAGAACACAUUUCAAGAAAAAGACCAAAAUGUCCCCUGAAACCUCAAACAAAUCAAGAACUCAUCACUUGAAAAGACAACAAUUUCAAGAACAGCAGCAGCAGAUUCAACAACAGCAGCUGCUGCAACUAAACCAACUAGACAUGAAAAAAAUCAUGUCCUUACUUGAUGAGAAUUAUCAGGUUAAAUUACCAUUUAGUCCUCAAAUAUGGCCAGAAACAACAACUUUACUCUGCCCUAAUGAAGAUCAGCAUGAACUUUUAUAUACUAAUGGUUCAGUUCCUGAUGAUCAUGAGGCCUGUAAUGAUGAACAGGAUAGCUUGUGGGAUGGACUGUGGAACUUGGAUGAUGUCCAUGGUAAUUAUGGUGUUCCUGCAACAUGUGCAUCAGGCAAAGCUACCAUUCAUAAUUUAGUGGCACCCUUUUGUUAGUUUUGAUGGUUUUGUUUUGUGUAAUUCAACCCAAAAUGGGUUUAAAAGUAGGUAGACUCUUAAUCUGCAGCUUUGGAUUAAUGUUCCAAGCUGUAAAUUUUGGUUGCUUGCUCUCUUUUUUGAAAUAAGAGAAAUUUUUAGAUCGAUUUUGUCCACCA